AUGCCGCGCUCACACUCCUCUUACACCGCGAGCCCAACGCGUUCUCGCUCACCACACCGCAGUCCUCCGCGCCGUUCGCCCUCUGAAGAUGGUUCUCAGUACGAGAUGGACCUAGACGUGUUGGGCAUGAAUUCCACGUUUGACUCCACGGGAUUGGACGCCAGUCAUGAACCGCAGGUGGAUCGAGUUGAAAGCAGUGAUAUUGAAGGACCGGAGGAUUUUACAAUGAAUAUGACGUACUGGAUGACUGCGGACUUGCCACUGUCGCAGAUCAAGUCGAGGAAAGAGGCGAGUGAAGACGGCAGGCCUAUUAUCGAUGAUGAUUCGAGGGAGAGAGAAUACCGGGAAUACGACUCACGGUCACCUACAAUGCGCGCGAAUGGAACGACGGAUGGCCAGCAGGAUGACAAAGCGCUAUCCGAAGCAUCAAUGGAGAAUGACGAGAAGGUUAUGAGCUAUUUAAGCGCGCUCCCGGAUUCAGAGGUCGCGGGUGCUUUCACUUCCCCGCCACCAAAGCCGAACACGUUGCAGGUGCCGAAAGCCGUGUCAAAGGCACGGUCUCUACAGGCGACUGUUGAGGAUUAUUCUGACACGCCACGAAAACCCACACAAGAGACCGUCAUACACCACGCUCAAGAACGUACAGCAGAGAUGAAUUCAACAGGUUCGGAUGGCCUGCGGAAUCGGAUUGCAGAGCUACAGGCUCGACUCGAGCAGCAAGAACUGACAUCUAAGACACGAAUCACCGAAUUGGAGACUAUUCUCUCUUAUGCACGCUCAGAACUUGACGCCGCGCACGCCGAAAAUUACAAACAGCAGGAACAAAUCACUCGUCUCCGCGAAGAGAACGACGGGAGGAGGCAAAACCAGGAAUCAGCCAUCGAAUCUAUGGGGGAGGGGCUCAAAGAGCAAGAGUGGGACUCAAAUGCUAGAAUGCAAAAUUUCGGGGAAGGAUUGCGUUUGCAGAAUCUCACCAAACUGCAGAACCAGAAAGAAGAUUUUGAGCAGCAAUUGACAGCCAGCGAAGAGGCGAGACGGGCAGCUGAGCGAGACCUCGAGCAGAAAGAAGGUCGCCUCGCAUUGUUGCAGAGUGAGUUAGAGGACACGAGGCAGUCGAAGGAGCAAGAGCUUCAAAUUCUUAAAGAUUCCCAAUCAGCAGAGCAGCAGAAGCACGAGCAAGACUUCGCUAAAGAACGCUCUACUCUCAACAAAAAGUUGGGCUCUCUUCAGACCCUUGCCGACGCCCUCCAGUCUGAUCUAGAGAAAGCUACCGCUGAAGCCAAAUUCGCACGGCAGGAGGCUCAAGCCAGCGCUGCCCUCAACACUUCUACCGCAACCUCAGCCCAGACCUACACCUCCCGAAUCAUAGAUCUUGAAUCCCGUCUCCAAUCUCUUCAAUCUCAGGUCAACUCCUCUCGCGUUGAGUUAACAACUAAAGACCAGCAAAUCCUCCGCCAAAUUGAAGAUCGAGAAUGUCUUGACCAGCGCCUCCACACUGCACAAGGCCGAAUCGAAGGUCUUGAAACAACCAUUUCCACGCUUCGCCAACAACUCUCUGAUGCGCAUCGGGAGAGCUCGAAAUCACGGACAGAUGUAGAACGCUUUGAGAAGGAUCUUGAAGACGCCACUGAUCGACUGCACGAUGCCCGUGCGGAAGCAGAUCGAAGGGUUGCAGAUGUUGAGAAAAGGCUCAGUAAGAUGAAAGAACUGAAAACCGAGUCGGACAGCAGAUUCGAAGACCUGCGGUCCGAGCACGAAGACGCCAUCGAAGACCACGAAGCUAGACUCGAAGAAAUCCGUGAGAAAGCCGAAGAUGCUAUCCGUAAGGCCUCCGCACUCCUCUCACAAGAGCGAACCGAGAAGAAGAGAUUCACGAAAGAACUGAAAGUAGCGAAUAAUGAGCUCGAGAAACUGCGUUCGGAAGCUUCACAGAAAGCCACUGCGCAGGAAAGAAAGGACGAAGAGUCUACGGUUGAGGGGAGCCCGCCAUUCCAGUCGGAUUCUAAAGACGUCGAAAUUGAGAGCCUACGCGUCCUGUUGCGGAAACAGGCGAAGGAUAUGAAGGCCCUGAAAUCUCUGAAUGUAUCAUUAAGGAGGGAGAAUGAGAUGAAGAAUAAUAUCCACACGGAGCUUUUUUCUCUGCGCAAAGAGAAUGAAUUCCGAAGGACACUGGAGAUUGAAGUUGUUUCCCUCCGACAAGAGAACUCAGCCCUGAGAUCAGAAGCGCAAACUCUACGCGAAGACUUCGAGGCUGUGAACAAGCAAUUAGACGAGCGAAUCGCUGCGGUAAUACGGAGAAUAAUGAAAGACCGCACGAUAACGGUGGUUGGAAAGAGGGAUGAUCAGUGGGCUGAUAGUGUUGGGAAGCUGAAGGAUGAGAGGGAGUUUAUGGGCAGGGUGUUGAUGAGGGAGUGGGGGAGGCAGGAGUGUGGGGCAGUGGAGGAAGGGGAGAAGCAGGCGUAUCGGUAUAAGUACGUUCAACGCUCAUGA